CCAAUGUUUUCCCAUUUCAUUCAAGAUUCAAGGACAUACAAAAAUUUAAGAAAUAUUUAAACGUCGAAUUUGACCCAUCUCAAGUUUCUUUUGUUCAAUGUCUGAAAAGUGCUUUCAUAAUUGGUUUUAUCAUCUUCAACGAUGACCGAAAAAGAUACGCAGCCAAUGAGCCAAAACGUGGACGAAGAUGCAGAAAAUGUAGCACCGACGAACGAUUCAACCUCGUGGGGUUUAUUGUUUUGGACCAGUAAUCGUGAUCUGGAAACCGAAAGGCUAAGACAUGGAAAAGAUUUGUACAAAGUGGGACGUGGGGUAGUGAAUGAUAUUAUUAUCUGCCAAGAAAAUUGUAGAAUUAAUAUACAUAACCUUAGUCGGGUUCACUGUGGUUUCAAAAGAAUCAAGGAUGUGACAGCUGAUUAUCAGACAAUCAUAGAAGAUUAUUCAGCAAACGGGACAUUUGUAAAUGGUGUCAAAAUUGGGAAAGGGAAGAAUAAGCUGCUGACUCAUGGAGACGAAAUCUCUAUGACUUGUUCUAAGGGCAAAGUCUUCAUCUACUUGGACACCCAGCACAGAAAUCCUGGCUUUCCUGCUGACAUAAACAAGAAAUUUGUAAUUGUCGAAAAUCUCGGAAAAGGGUCGUUUGGUGAAGUAUGGUUGGCUGUUCAUAAAAGGUCAAACAAAAAAUAUGCUAUUAAAAGUGUACGGCACCAAACGAAUUGUUACAAUGAAGCCAAACGUGCCGACGCUGUACAACAAUUGAAGAACGAGUCUGAUUUACUCUGCACUUUGGAACAUCCUGGCAUUGUUAAGGUAGAAGAUAGCAUCUGCAAAGCCAAAUCUAUCCAUCUCGUUUUAGAAUUGAUGAACGGAGGGGAUUUGCAGAAAAGAAUCAAGAGUGUAACUCAGAUCAAAGAAUCGACGGGAAAGUACUAUUUUUUCCAGUUGUUGUUGUCCGUCCAGUAUUUGCACAAACAAGGGAUUGUCCACCGCGAUUUAAAACCGGAAAAUAUUUUGAUGUCUAGUCAGGACGAUAACGCCAUUCUUAAAAUCUCGGAUUUCGGUUUAUCCAAAUUCGUUGACGAAGAAACGGUAUGCAAAACAUACUGCGGUACGCCACUGUAUUUGGCGCCGGAAGUGAUUUGUAACAGGACCAUCAACCGACCCUAUACCAGCGCUGUUGACGUCUGGAGCCUAGGGGUGAUCCUGUUUCUCCUCUUAUCCGGGUACCACCCAUUUAUUCAUUCGUAUCCGGCUGAAGAUAACAUUGUGAAAGGAGCUUAUCUGCUGAGAAAAGAACGAUGGAGUAAAGUGACUAGCGAAGGAUUAGCCUUGGUCAGAAAAAUGCUGGAAGUCAACCCCAUUCAACGUCCUACAUUAGAGGCUAUAAUAGAGGAUCCCUGGAUGAUGGACGACGAGGUGAUUAGCAAAGUAUACGAAUUAAUCUUUGCAAACAGUGAUUUUGAUACGCUUCCCAUGCCCUUCGCCAGUCUCAAAGAAAAUGAGACCAAAGAUGAACCUCGGUGUAAACGACAGCGGGUAGUAUCACUUUAAAAAUAUCGUCCUUUUUGUUCUCCUGAAAGGCUGUGCUCGGAUUAUUGCCUAUAAAAACCGUUGUGGCUUAUUUCUGUUUGUUCUAACUACGAUCUCGUGUCAUUAAACAGUUGUAUAUUUAAGACGCCUGUCCCCCCCAUGUUUCCCUCCCCCCUGUUACAUUAAUUCGUUGACGUGGCCUUUCGUCAGUUUGAUCCGUUUCAAUUCAGUCAGGAAUUUAAUUAUAAUUUCUUUUUUUUUUUAAAUAUUUUUCUUGGUCUCUGCGCCGGAAGGAAUAAAAAAGCAGUCAGUAUUAA